AUAUUACGAAAAAAAGAGAAAGAGAAUCUGCUGGGACAGACAGCACCACAGGCUUCGAUCCCCAAACUUCGACAGACUCCAUCAGAGACAUGGUUUCCAAAAACUGGAAACCAUCGAAGGGAAGGGACAAGAGGCCAAAGGGUCCCCCCAAGGACGAAGCAGGCAACAAGAACGAAGAGCGCAGACUCACGCAGGAAAUUGCAACAGUCGCAGCACAGACAAAAAGGUUAUUCGACCAGAACCAGGACUAUAAAAAGGAGCAAGGAGAGAAGUUCAUAACAAUUCGGAUGAUCGCGGAGAACAAGGCGCCCGACGUCCCCAAAUCAGCAAGAGUUGAUAGGGGGACCAUGAGGGCGGCAAGACCGCUGAUCCCAGUCAGGUUCAGAAACAAAUUCAAUGAGUGGCAGGUGGCCACAGACGCAGCGUUCACAAUUCCCACCCUCGACGAUGACAAAGCCCUGGCCAAGAGCAUCAGGGACAAUAUCUCAACGGAGGUCCCACUGGGGGUGUUUGGAGUCCCGCCACCGGAGCAGACAGCCGAAGGGAAGGCGCGGGGUGAACUGAUCCUCACUCCCUUCGAUCCCAUCCUGGUCAAGCUCGACGAGAAAGCCAAACUCUGCGAAGGCCUGACAUGGAGAGCCUGGGACACGAUCACGAUGUUGCCAUACAACGUGCUGAACGGAAGGUUUAGCACAACCGACAUCAUCGCAGACUCGCUGGCCAACAUCAUCAGGACCCGCAUACUGACCUCCAAGACCUCGCUGCAGGACGAGGCGACCACCAUCGACGUGGAUAUGGGGAGGGAAGAAUCAGACAUGGAUGACGACGAGGAAGACGAGAUGGAUGUGGGCGACAAGAUCUCCCCUGGGCGAGACGACGCAGGGGCUGCCUCGACUACGGAGAGCAGCGCUGGCGAGUACAGCCUGAGAUCCUCAGCGACAAACGAGGACAGCAAAGACGAGGACACCGACUGCAGCAAGACCCAGGCAGCAGCGGACUGAAUAACUCACCGUCGGUAAAAAUGGACAGAAAACUCUCAACGCACAUACCAAACAAACGAACAACAAUCUC